CACUACAACAUUGCAGCUUAAUUCUCCCACGAAGGACCACUACCAUUGAGCAGUAUCACUUGCUGUGGACACAAUAACUGCAUACUUAAUCAGACAACAACCCCACCAAGCAAUGCCCUAGAACAACUUAAGCAUCCCGCACUUCACCGCAAACCCCCACCGACAAACAAACAAACCACCACCACAACAACAACAACAACAACAACAACGAUAACAAUCAUACCACCACCAUGGCGCAACAAGCAGCGGUCCCCCAGCACGUCACGGCCCUCCUUUCGCACCUUACCUCCCGGCCCGGUGUGCAGUCGACUUUUAUUCUCUCGCGGAAAGAUGGGUCGAUCAUCCAGAGUACGGGGUUAGGGAUGGAGGUUCCUGCUUCUGGUCCUGCGACUAAGGGGGUGGAGAAGAUUGCCAGGAGUGAGCCGGAGGAGAAUGAUAAUAAGGAUAAUGGUGGGAAUGAGGCCAACAAUGACGGGAGCAAUGGGAAGAGCAUUGAUGAUGGGGAUAAUAAGGAUGAGAAUGAAGAUGGGGACGGCAAGAGCAAAGACGAUGACGACAAGAGUGCCAAUAGCGACAACGACGGCGACAGCGACAAUGACGACAGUUUCGACGACGCCAGAAGCGACAAGAGUGAUAAUCCUGAGACAACUCCACAGACGGACGCCAACGAGGCCCCCAAACCAUUACCCCCACCCCCACCGAACAACUACAACCACCACAACAACCGCAACCAACCCAAGAACCAGAGCCCACCAUCCUACGCGGAGACCCUCGCAGCGGCAGUCUUCUCCUUCGUCACCAACGCAACAGAGCUCACCGCAUCGCUGGCGCAACCCCCGCCAGCAGACGAACCCACCACCAACAACAACAACAAUAACAGCAACCACCCAACCAGCGCCUCGCGCACUGAAUCCACCGGCCGCGAAGACGGCGAGGCAGAAGCAUCAGGCAGGGAAGACGACGACGAAGUCAAGCUGCUGCGCAUGCGGACCAAGAAGCACGAGAUUGUCGUCGUGCCGGAUAGGAAGUAUCUGCUUUGUGUGGUGCAUGAUGCGACGCACAUGUCUGGUGGGGGUGGGCCUCCUGGUGGAUCUGGGGUGAGGGGGAGGUAG